GAAAAAAAUAACACUGGGAAUUCUUCCUUAAUCGUCUAGUUCACGGAAACAAGUCACACACCAUGUAAAGCGUUUAUAUGAAAAUCAGUAGUGGGAGUACGAGCUUCUUCUCCUUUGCCGCAAAGUUCGAGAGGCGCCACUGUACCAAACUUUGUUUUCAUGAAAAAUGUCGAAAACAACGUUUACGCCAACAGGAUGAUAAACAGCCUUAAGAUUUUUAUGAAAGUAAGAAACGAACGGAACGGAAUGGUAUGGAAUCAAUGGACAGCAGGCAGGUGCCAACAUGGCGAUUGUUGCGCUCUGGACUUGUGCGACAUCGCCCUGCAUAAUGAUAUCGUUUUAAGUGCUUGUAAAAGCAGUGGAAAUAAAGUGACAAGAAAAACAAUGUCUUAAAUGGCUCGGGAUAUAUGGAAGACAUAUUAAGUUUAGCAAGAUGUCAACGAGAUCGCAACUCACAAAGGAUUUAAACGAAUCGGUGAAAGCGCUACUUGGUAAGCAUGUCAAGAUACUGCUAAAAAAUGUUGUCAAGUUAGAAACUAAGCCAGAUAAGCAAGAAAAUCGUGUUCUUGUAUUUUCACCAUGCCGUCUUUUUCUUUUAACGGCCAAAGUACCCACAAGGAUCGACUGCCACUUCCAUUAUCUAGAAAUAGUAUCUAUAGAAUCCAAAAGAGCAAACCAAUUAUGUUUAACAGUAGGAGAAAGAUUUUACAAUUUUACUACAACCAGUGUGGGUGCAGAUACUACCGAAGUCGAUGCGAUGAUCGAGGCCUUACAUACUGCAAUUCGCAAUAUCUUUCCUACAGUACCAUUAAAUUAUAUUAUAAGAAAGAUAGAAGUAAUCCCAGCAAGCAGAUUACAAACCAUAAGAGGUAGUGAAUUAGCUAGGAGCACAGAAGCAACAAGACACACUGGGCCUUGUGGUGGGUUUUCCACUCAGUAUGCAUGUAUGUGUGAUUUACAUGGUGUACCAUAUAGAGAAGAAGUUGCCUGGGAUGUAGACACAAUAUACUUAUCCCAUGAUACCAGAGAACUUAAUUUAAGGGAUUUUGACCAUUUAGAUCAAAAAGAUUUGGUACCAAUAAUAUCAGCCUUGGAAUAUAAUACAUGGUUUACAAAAUUGAGAGCAUCUCAUCUUAAAUUAAGCCAUGAACCACUCGAAAGAUUAUUGCAUGUUAUGCGUAGGUCACUAUCCAUUCAAGAACUCUAUCUGGAUAAUCUCGGAGUUAAAUGGGAUUUUGCACACAAAUUGUCAUUAGCCUUAAUUUCUAAUGCUAAUACAAUGUUACAGACAAUAGAUCUGUCAUAUAAUAUGAUCGAGGACAAAGGAGCAUCUAGCUUGUGUGGGAUAAUUGCCAAGUUAAUGCAAGGAGCUACACAUUUAAGUGGCCCUAUUGGAAAAUUACCAAAGGGAUUACAAAAAUUGAAUUUGGCUCACUGUGGAUUAACUGGAAAAGGCAUUGGUCAAAUAGCACAUGCAUUAAGUUUAAAUAGGAGUAUGCCAACUAGUCUGCAAUACUUAAAUCUUUCAGAAAAUACUUUGAAAGAUGAUAUUAAUAAUUUAUGUAACUUUCUGGCACAGCCUAAUAGUUUAACACAUUUAGAUCUUAGCGGUACAGAUACUACCUUAGAAUGUCUAUUUGGUGCUUUAUUGCGAGGUUGUGCAACUAAUCUAGUCCAUCUAAAUGUUGCUCGCAAUUCUUUUUCAAGUAAAAAGACCAAAGAAAUACCUCCCAGUUUUAAGCAAUUUUUUACAGCAACACUUUCAUUAAAGUACUUAAACAUCUCUUUCUGUAAAUUACCUCUGGAGGCAUUAAAACAUUUGUUACUUGGUUUGGCAUGUAAUGAAAGUACAGUAGGUUUAGAACUUGAUAUGAGUGGAAAUAAUUUAGGUUCUAUGGGUGCUCAUGUUUUGGAAUCGUGUAUACAUGGGGUGAGAUGCAUAGCAUCAUUGGAUAUUUCGGACAGCAAUAUGGAUGUUGAUUUAGCGCAAGUAAUAACAGCUAUAGGUAAAAACAAGUCUAUUAAACAAUUAUAUAUGGGUCGAAAUACGACUGGUAUGAAAAGCAAACACAUUGCUGUUGUAAUGGAUGCUUUGGUUCAAAUGCUGCAAGAGGAUGAUUGCGUUUUACAAGCAUUACACUUACCUGAUUCUCGUCUUAAAUCUGAUCUCUAUAAUUUGAUUAAUGCUUUGGGAAGUAAUACGUGUCUUCAUACGUUAGACAUAAGUGGAAAUCAGAUUGGAGAUCCUGGUGCAAGAUUAUUAGCCAAAGCAUUGCAAAUCAAUAAUCACUUAAGAACUAUCAUUUAUGAUAAAAAUAAUAUUACGCUUCAAGGUUAUGCAGAUAUCGUGCAUGCUUUGGAAAAAAAUUGUAGUGUGAGGCAUAUGCCAUUUCCAAUUUUUGAUCUACAACCGUGUAUGAAAACGUCUGCUGAAAAAACAGAACAAUUAGCUAAAAAAAUCCAAGACUUGCUGCAAAGAAAUGUUACGCCAUGUAAAUACAGUCAUGGACAAGCAUUUAGACUUCAGCAAGGUUUUUUGUUAAGUUCUACACAACAGAUGGUUGAUAGGCUUGUUGUUCAAACUCAGGAUACUAUCAAAGCUAUAGCUGCAGAAAGCUGUGAUGCAAAUAAUGAUAUUAAUUAUGCUACUGGUCUGAUACAGGAUGCUGAUAAUUCUAAACAGCUCCUUCCAAGAUUACAUGAAGUACUCCAAAGAAGAGAUGAAAAUAAUCCAAUUGAGUUAAAAUUACAUGAUAUGGCAAACGAACUUCACAAAGUUGUUACCAUGUACUUAGAGGAUUCAUUAGAUGCAAUGCUUAAAUGUGCGAAUGAACAAUGUCCAACAAUACUUUCACAAACAGUAAUUAGAGGAGAUGAAAGUGAACCUAUUGCAGUGGAGGAUGAUGUUCGUAAUAUUUGUAAGGAAAAAAAUCAUAUAAGUGCAGAAUUUAUUCAUACAACUAUUACAGAACAAGCUGGUGCUGAUAUUAUUAAUAGAGUCAAUGAGUUAAAUUUAGCGGUUGCUGCGCAUGUAUCUGAUAGAACCACCGACGAAGUAAUCGAAUCUUUGUCGCGUAGUUACAAAACUUUGAUCGGAGAUUGUGAUAGUCGAACAAGAAGCAGUACUCCAGACGUAUUAAGACCAAGUGCAGGUUCCAUGAGUAGUGGAAGUGUUAUUGGUGUUACAAGUGCAACUGGUGUUUCUAUGACAUUGCAUGGUGGAAGGACUAGUCUUAUUUCAGAAGUAGAGUGUCCUCCAGAAACAUAUUCCUUGGAAAAUUCUCUUAGUCAUUGUUCCAGUGAACAAUCGCCAAUGAAAUUGGAUUAUUUGAAUCUUGCAACUCCGCACUUAUCUAAUAAACGGAAAAGUUUACAUGGGAGAAAAUUAAGACCAAAAUCUGUGGUAGAUUCUGUAGAAGGAUUGUCAGCAGAUGAUAUACCUGAUUUACUUCCAUCACUGCCAAAAAGUCAGGCAGAAGCUAUUUCAGAAACUGAACAUUCCUUAACAGAAUCGUUAGAUUCUGUCUCAGAAUUACCUAAUACUGUAGGUCAACAAUUACAACAUUUAGUUAAAUCUAGGCCACGAAGAACAAAAACUAGAGCACCUACAAGACCAAUGUUAAGACCAGAUCAACCUGUAGAUGGUUUAGCUCUUGGCGAGGGACUAGAUGUAUUUUUCCGGCCUACUACACCGACUACACCACUUAUAUCACCUACAAGUGAUGAUAGUUCUUUACAUACGUUUCCAACGGAUGGGAGUCCAAAUUUAUCUCUGGCGAGUCAUAAAAGUAUACCACCUGAUCUAGAUAAAAAGCAUGGAUGUAACUCACCGAUGUUGAAAACGUUACUUGAACCAACACCACGUUCAAGGUCUAGCGAUAACUUAGAAAAAUUUUCUCCUCUCGUUGGGAGACGUUCGCAAGGUGAUUCACCAUUAACCGCAUCACCUCUGGCUCGACGAAAUACGACAGAUAAUGCUCAGGGACAUGAGAGAGUAAUGUCCAGAUGUGAUAGUAGUAAGGAUACAUAUAAUAACAGUAUUAUGAGUACUUCCGUUGAUUCUUCCAAACGUAAUACUUUACCAAAUAUUGGAUCAAUUCCAACCUCUCGUAAUUCUCGAGAAUCAGAAGACUGUGGGAAAAUAUUGCAAUUGCAAAAUAAUACAAAUUCGUCAUCGGACAAAGACAGAUCUAGCGCACAAGCAAUGUCUUCUGUUAAAUUACGUUCCACUGGUUUUGAUCUUCGAAGUCCAACCAACGGUAGCAACACCAAAAAUUCAUCGGAAUCGUCUAAGUCACCGAUAUUAAAAUCUGUUGUUAAAGGAAAUAAUUCUAGCAGCGAUGGAAAAAAUAAUGGUGCUCUUUUAAAAAAUAAACCUAUUCCUCCUGCUACAGCACCAAAGCCACGACCUUGGAGCAUGGCUGCUGACAGGAAAUCCGGUGAAUUUAGCUUAUUGAGUGAUGGGUCGAGUCCAAAUACGUCUGCAGGGAAUACACCUGACUCUGGUGAUGCUCUCGACGAAUCAACUGAUAGUGGUGUCAGUGGACCGGCAUCAUUACCACCUACAUUAUCAGCAAGCAGUACAGCAAGUUCACUGAGCAAUACAAGUGUAGAGAAAAGAUCGGUCAGAGAAUUGGCAGCUAGUUUAAAUAAAGGAAAAGCUGACAAGAAGGAGAAUGAGCAUAGCACACCUGCACCAUGGAGGUCGGUGCUUCAACGUUCUGCUGACCGACCAGUUACCAAGGUAACGGAAGCGCCGAAAACGGGUGAAGAUUCUCCGUUCAGCUUUAAACUUCGUCGCACUUCGUUUUUACGUGAUUCAAAUUUUAAUUAUGACAACGACGUUGUUGACGUUUAACAAUGCAGUUCCGUAUAACACCAGAAUAUCGAUUUUAUGACAGUACGUCAAAAAAAAAAAUAAUAAUAAUAAUUAUAUACAUAAUAUUUAUAAGAAUAAUCUGAAACAAGCAUUUCUAUGAAUUGCACAAUAAGAUAGCACAUUGUUUGUUUAUAUUCGUGCCAUAAGAAAUCAGACAUAACAUACAUAUAUAUACAUUUAUUAAAUGAACACUUGCAUUAGGAACAGGGUAACAAGAGUUUCUAUAACAAGUAUUAGUCUCCUAUUAUUAUGUCAUUAGAAGGUUUUAUUGUAUAUUGUAACAGAAUAUUACAUUUACCAUGCAGAGUUAAUUUAAAUUACUAUUGACUACAAAUAACAAUUGGAACAAAUACUUCCAUUUAAAUCACAGCCAAUGCAGUCUGCAUUUCUCUAAACUUUUAUAGAAAGGGCCUGGUAUAAUAUUGUAUAUGAUAUUAUCGAAGUAAUUUACAAAUUGGUAACUUGUUUUAAUAUUUAAAUAUUUAUCUGUUGUCUUGUACAUUUUAGAUAAGAGACUGUGUAGUUUAGAUAAACGGGAGUGUUCUGGCUGCAUAAACAAAUAAUUUCUAUCCUAUUGGAUGGAGUUUUAUAGAUGUCAACGUAAUAAGUGCCUAUUACGUAUGAUAAAACAAAAAAUGUUAUUCUACUUUUAAUUUUUUGGACAAGAUGUAUUUGUCUUCCGAUGUUUAAUGUAUGAGUAUACAAUUGAUUACGUUUUUUAUUAAUGCAUUUAUCGAAAUGUAUUGAAUUUCUUUUAAUCACAGUAUUUCAAAAAAGCUCUUGUUUGUUAUCCUGAAUAUAAGCUACAUAUAUGCGCAUCAUUUUGAAUUAUUUUGGUCUUAAAUUAAAAAUCAUGCUAUAAAAUAACUAUAUAUAUCUCAAGUUUAAACAAAAAAUCUUUUUAACCGGAUCAUGUUACUAACUUGGUGUUUGGAAAUAUAAUAGGGAUUAUACAAUCACAUAUACAAAAAUAUAAUGUAUGCAAAAUAUACAAUGUAACAUCUCACGAAAAGAUAUAAGAAUGUCACAUUUUAAGUUGGAAAACAUUAAGUAAAAAAACGUUAUAUAAUUGUAUUGUGUAACUGUGUUGUAUAACUUCAUUCUUUACAUCAUUAUAGAUAAAGUAAUAAUCAGGAGAAAGUCAUUUAUAUAUAUACAUACAUAUUUUUUUUAUAUUAUUAUUUUUUCUUUUGCCAUGAGGGAGUUGUUAAAUAUAUUGUCUUUUCUAACAAAAAGUAUUUAACAUAUAUAAUCGUAUAGAGAAUUGAUUGGUUUUUAUAGAAAAAGUAUAUGUAUAUACAUUUGUAAAAUAGAAAUGCGAAAUAGUAUCUUAAUAUACAUACGUACAUGUUAUGUAUGUAUGUAUGUAUAUAUAUAUAUAUAUAUAUAUAUAUAUAUAUAUAUUGUAUAUUGUAUACGUAUAGGGUGUCCCGAAUAUUCUUAUACAACCAAGUGAACAUGAUUCCUUGAAUAAAAGUAAAUCAGUCGAAAUGAUAGUAUAAAUUUUUAUCAUUAUCGUUUUGUAUUUAUUAUUAAUUAGGGAAUCAAAUUUACUACGAUUAUACUAUGAUUUUCGUUCCACCCUAUGUAUACAUUUAUAAAACAAACAAAACGUAAAAAUGCAACAGUUCAAACGUAUAUUGUACUUUUGUUUGUACUGUUAGCUGUAAUCAUUGAAAAGUAUACUAUUGUUAUUUACAUGGAUGCAGUAAUAGACAAAUCUCUACAAGUUGCAUUUUGAAAUCCAUGUUGCAUGUUAACCGAGAAAAACAUAUUCCUGAACCUAUAUAAGAAGAUAAUACAAAUCAUUGUAUCAAUAUACAUUGUUGGAAGGUACAUUAUAUGUCUCCUUUAGGAUGACAUACAUUAAAUUUGCAUACGUUUAAUCUUUAAAAUAUUAAACUAUAUUAACCAAGAAGAAAAUUCUCCUGUAGCUGUUUAAUUCAAAUUACGUUCUUUAACCAGAAAAUAAGCCAAUAAUACAUUCCAUAAUAAAAUUUUAUGACUUAUUAUAUAAAUGUAAAUCAGUAUGAUAAAGAUUAGAUAAUUAAUGAAAUAUUUGAUAACAAUACUUUUAGAGAAAUAGCAAAAACUAAGGAUAUAAUAUGUAAUAUGAUUAUAAAAAUAGCAUUCAGUCAUGUACGUGUGUGUAAUAUUAUGCAAGCUCGUAAACAAUUUUGCAUAUGUCAUGUUACAGGUGAUCUUUUAUACUAUUAGAAUUAUAUUAGACUAUGCAAUACAAUAUUUAGUCAAAAACAUGAAACUCAUAUUUGAAAAAAGGAAAAGCAAAGAAAAAAAAGGCCAGUGGCAUUACAAAUUUUGAAAAACUGAGUAUCAGUAGAAUUCAGUAGUUCUGUCACAUUGUGCCAAAUUAAUAGUAGCAAUUAAUCUUGUUUUGUAAAACUGAAAAAAAGAUAUAUGAAUCUAAGUUAGGUAAUAACUAUUGUAGAUCCAAAAAAAAUUAGAAAAAAUUCACCUGCAACAUGAAAGUGAUUUAAUGUAAAUAUUUAAAAACUGACUUGGUAUGCCUCUGUGCGUAUGAUGGUGCAUGUGUGAUAUAUUUAUAUAUUUUACUCGAAUACAUUCCUGUAUCAGCAACUUUAUAUACAUACAUAUAGCGUAUUUAGUAAGCAUAAAGAUAUAAUCCUCCAAUGAAUAAACUUAUCUAUGUAUAAAUUAUGAAAAGAA